GCUGAGGGGGGCACUGGUUGGAAGGGGGACUUGCAGCCUGGGGGGGGCCCUGACUGGAGUGGGCUGAGGCCCCACUACCCCAACCCCAUCCUCGCUUUAACCCUUCCCGAGGCCCCCGCCUCCCUCUGUGCCCCACGUGACCAGGUGGGGGUUCAGUGGGCACCUGCAUGGCCCUGUCACCAGGCGCCUGCCCAUGGGUGCCCAGGCCCGGCCCCCGCAGCGCCAGAAGUCCGGGGGGCUGCGGGAUUUGGCCAUCAUCAGCCUUGCAGACAUCGACCCACCAGCACCCCAGUUGCUUUAUAAUCAGUCACUGGGGGGGCUGGGCCCAUCCAUCUGUGACACUAGAGGGGUCACAGACACUGCCCAGAGCAUGGCAGGGAGAGGCGAGGGCGCGCACAAGGGCAGGAGCAGAGCAGCAGCAGAACCCAGGAGUCCUGACUCCAGUCCUGCCCCACGCACAGCUGAAUCCCACUUCCCCCCACAGGGCUCGAGCAGACGUGACAGGAGGCAAAGAUGGCCCCAUCUGGGUUGAAGGCGGUGGUGCGUGAGAAGAUCUUCAGCGUUGUCUUUCGCAGCGUGAAGAAGGAAAGAGAAUGGAAGGUGCUGAUCAUGGACCACCCCAGCACGCGCAUCCUCUCGUCGUGCUGCAAGAUGUCUGACAUCAUGGAUGAAGGCAUCAAGCGUGAGUGGCCCCUCCCUCCCAUCUGCUCCCCCUGCCAGGGCUCCCCUCUCCCUUGGACACACCUCACAGUCAGGGAGUUGAGUUGUCUACAUUCAUGUUUGCAUCUAGUUUCCUCCCUUUGCAGCCCCGUAGACGCCCUCCUUGCUAUUGGUACCUUCCCAGCCAGGUCUAGUUCCCUUAGCCCGGCGCUUUCAGCCUCUAGAACCUCUUCACUGCUUUCUUAGACUCCCGUUAACUCCUCGCUGCUUCUCCCCCAUGCUGCGGGCAGGGUCCUGGCUGGGGAGGGGGAAUGCCAGCUCCCUGCUCCAGGGUGGAGGAGCCUUGGCGUUGAGGGGCACAGAGCUGAGCCAAGACUCUAGCGGGCUGCCUCCAGCACAGUACAGAGGGAAGUUCCCUCCCUGCUCUGUACUGUGGCAGCAUCGCAUCCCAUGGCCCCACAUCAAAGCAGCUGCUGCAUUAU